UCCGAACACAUGUGGACCCACUUGUAAACAACUCUUCUCGGGAGGCCACAGGCGACGCAAUGCUCCCCGGGGGACCCAUUACUUAAACACGGUCUCGUCGCUUGAAUUGCAGGGGACAUGGAUGUUAAGGUGAAUUUAGAAGAGGCCAAGAAAUUAUUAUCUGUGCCGGAAUCAUGCCUCAGGAAAGUGGAAGGAGAGUUGACAGUGCUGGUCCAUCCCAUGCACUCCAGCAACAUCAAAGAAGGUGUAUUAGAAGAACUGAAGGCCUUGAUAAAGCGGUAUUCAAAAGAAUUACAAGGGAUACCCAUGGCUUAUGAGAAGAUACAGUUGGUUUCAUGCAAUGGAUGGUUGUUUGAUACAAAUCCUUUCAAUCAUGUAGUAGUUCGAGCUAUGUUCUAUGUCUUUACUCCACAAAUUGGCAGCAUAUUAGAAGCCACUGUGAAAAAAAAAUCGAUAAAUCACGUGGGUUGCCUUGUUCAUGGAAUGUUCAAUGUGUCAGUUCCCAGACCACAGGAUGAGGUAGUGGAGAAUUGGUGUGGUACAUAUGUACAGGAAGGAGAUGUUGUAAAAAUUACCAUUACAGAUCUAAAUAUAACCACUUACAUUCCCUACAUCAAAGGUGAAUUGGAUCCAGACAGAGUCCAAGAGUUGGUAGAUGCCAGACGUGAGGAGGAGGAGCAAAAGGCCCAAGAUAACAAGAAAAUUACUUUUGAUGAUGAUAGUGGAAUUAGUAGUAAUGAUCAUGAGGAAUCUGUUGUGCCACAAGUGAAGAAGAAAAACAAGAAAAACAAGAGCAGUAGUGACAGUGACGACCAGAAUAAUACUGUAAUGGAUGACUCAGAGGAUGAAACUGGUGAAAAAGAUGGUACUGACGAAUCACAAAAGAAAAAGAAGAAAAGGAACCAGGAAGAUGGAGAAGCUUCUAACAUAGAUUUAAUAAAUGUUGUAGAAGAGAAUGACAUACUUGACUCCUUAUUAAAUGAGAGCAUUCAUAGUAACUCUAAUGACACACCCAAAAGAAAAAAGAAGAAAAGAGACAAAUCAGAGGAGGAAGAAGCCACCAAAACAUUAAGUGAUUCUGAAACUGAGAAUUGCAUUGAGUGAUAUAGAAGGAGAAGUAAAGGAUACAGAAGAGAAUGAUUUUACAGAUGUACCUGGUAACGUAUUAAAUGAGAGAAUGAUUAGCGAUUGUAAUACUACACCCAAAAGAAAGAAGAAACGGGAACUGGAAGACGAAGAGGUCAGUAUCACUGUAUUAAAUUCUGAUCCGAAGACUAAAGAGGAAAAGAAGAAACACAAGAAAAAUAAGCAUAGAGCAGUUGAACGAAGGGAAGAGAAUGAAGAAGUUAAUUUAGACGAGAUGCUGGAUGAUCUGAAGAAGGAAGUGUCUCCUUCUAAGCCUAGUGGCAAAACCCCUGAUGCUAUGAAGCCAACGAAGUCCAGGAAACGUAAAGCAGAUGAAGAUCUGGACAGUAGUAGAGGUAACAAAAGGAAGAAACUGUGAAGUCCAAUUAAAGUAACUGGGGUUUGCAUUAUUUCUUGGAUUGAGACUUUUAAAAAAUAUAUUGUUAAGACUGACUGUAUAGUCACCCAGUCUUUUUAAAGACAUGUACAGAAAUCAGUGUUAAAGGCACUUAUCUAUGUACUCUUUCAGACUCCAUUUAUUAUACUACAUGAAUGAAUGUACCAUUUCUCACCUUUAGAAAAAAUUAUCAUCUGUUCUUGGUGCUCAAUUGUUGUACUGAAGUUGUAUGAAUAAAAAAUUUAAUUGAGAAAUAAUUGAAAAAUGGGGGACAUGUAAAUAUGACUUUCAUGAAUUUUCAUGACAAUGCAGUGAUUUUUUGUUGUUUAUUAAAUCAGGUUUACAAAGUCAA